AAUCUUCUUUCCCUCGAUUUAGGGUUUUUCGAGCUAUGGCGCUUUCUCUUGCCAAUCCCUGCCAAAGGCGCCUCACAUUCGUCCCAAAUGCGCAAAUUCCUGCACGGCGCCCUUCUUUUCUCGCUGCGGCUGCUGGUCCGCUGCCUGUUCUGGGAAUCGAGACGAGCUGCGACGACACUGGAGCCGCUGUUGUCACUAGCGACGGAAAGAUUUUGGGAGAGGCACUGAGAUCGCAGGCAGAGUUGCUUCGACAGUAUGGUGGGGUGAUGCCUCUAGCAGCACGUCUAAACCACGAGCAAGCAAUCGACGAAGUGGUGGCACAAGCUCUAGAGAAUGCAAAAGUGAAGGAGUCAGAUCUGGCAGCAGUAGCUGUGACAAUUGGUCCUGGCUUGAGUUUGUGCUUGGAUGUCGGUGUAAGGAAGGCUCGCUCUAUUUCUCGCUGCUGGAGGUUACCAUUUGUUGGAGUACAUCACAUGGAAGCUCACGCUUUAGUUGCAAGACUCACGAAUGCUGAUAUUCAGUUUCCCUUCCUUGUUCUUCUGGUUUCAGGUGGUCACAACCUUCUUCUCAUUGCAAAAGAUGUGGGCGAUUAUGUGGAACUAGGAACUACUUUAGAUGAUGCCGUUGGAGAGGCUUAUGACAAAACAGCAAGGCUCCUUGGUCUUGACAUUUGUAAAGGAGGUGGUCCUGCUCUUGAAGAACUUGCUCUAGAAGGAGAUGCAGACGCGUUCAAGUUUACUGUACCAAUGAGGUCCCAUAAAGAUUGCAACUUUUCGUAUGCGGGACUGAAGACUCAAGUGAAGCUCACAAUUGAAUCUUUAAACAUCAAUGGUGCAGUACCUUUAGCUUCUGCAAGCUCAAGCGAUCGACAAUCACGAGCCAAUGUGGCCGCUUCCUUUCAGGUGGUGGCUGUGCGUCACCUUGAAGAUAGAUGCCGCCGGGCACUGGAGUGGGCCAGAGAAUUGGAACCAUGCAUGAAGCGCAUGGUUAUCGCUGGUGGCGUAGCUUCGAAUAAGUACCUUAGAAGUCGACUUGGCGCUGUAGCAAAAGAGCAUCAACUGGAUUUGUUCUUUCCUCCACCACGUCUCUGCACAGACAAUGGAGUGAUGGUUGCAUGGACUGGAGUCGAGUACCUUCGUCUGGGGCUUUAUGAUCCACCACCUCCCGUCGAUGAACCUGAAGACUAUUGGGUGGAUUUAAGGCCUAGAUGGAAGCUGGGUGAAAUUUGUCGAGAAACAUCCUCGGGAAGGCCAAAAAAGUCUGCUUUGAAUGCAUCAUAACAGUAAGAGGGUUCGAACUCAUGCUGGGCGUGGCUACCUCCGCGAAUCCUUUCAGCCCACAUCUCCAGGCAAGGCAAGUGAGAGCAAU